AUGGCAAUAGAUCAUAAAGUAAUAAAAGAGGAAGUCUUUCAGGAUCUAAUCAAGUUCUUUACAGCUAUAGAAACUAAUCUAAACUUGCACUAUUCAAAUCAUACAAUUGAUCCAAGCUUAAACAAAAUUCUCGAUUCAGCAGCCCGAUUGAUAGGAAGAAGAAUUACAACUGAAGAUUUAUUAUGCAUACUUCAAAUAUAUCCAAAUGCAUAUGCUAUAAGAUAUAAUAAUAAGGACAAUGAUCACAGCGAAUAUUUACUCUCUUUGCCUGAAAGUAUACCAGUAAAUACAUUCAAUCAAUGCAUACCUUCAAGAAAGGAACAGUUUUUGAAGAAUAUAAAUACCUGGGUAGCAAUGAAUAAAAAUGCUUCAGAAAUUACGUAUCCUUCAAUAGGACAAAUCGUUAGGAAACAAAAUAACGCAUCGCCAUCUAAGAUACAUAAGCCACAAUCAAACACCUCGUCUCCAACAAAGGUUUCGAAAUCAGAGUUAAUAAAUGGCAUGAAAAAUGAUUCAUCCAAAUUCGUUUUCAGGUCAAAGGAUGAACAUGCUGAAAAGGAGAAAAAUAAUGGACUUUCAUUGCUUGAAAGAAUAAGAUUGAAAGAAAAAUUAAAGAAUGAACAAAAGGUAAAAGAUACACCUGAAAUGAAAUACCAUAUGUAUAUUCAGUGCAAAUUGGUACCAAUUUAUGAUAUUCUUUUUCAUAUACAUCGAAGCCAGGAUAAACAACAAUACAAAAGUUACCCUCUUUCAAAACUUAUUAGUAUGAUAGAGGAUAGCCUUGAUUACCCCACCAGUCAAAGCGAAAUUAAAGAUGCAGUGUACUUAUUAGAGAAGAAAUUGGGAUCAGAUAAAAUACAAAUACUAUCAAGGGGAGGUGUCACAGCAAUCAAAGUUAUAGAAUUAGAUAGAGAUAGCGAUUUGAAAGUAUUAAAAUAA